UCCCCUUUUCCCUCCCUCUCCCUCCUGCCCGCUGGGGCCGGACACGCUGCGCGUCCUCUCUUGGGGCGCUCUUCCCCUUGGCUGUCCGUCUCAUGCCUCAUCCCGCACAACUUCGGGACAGUGCGGUUUGGAGUUGAAUGUACCCCUCCGAGAGCGCAUGGCUGGGGAAGAGAGGCGCGGGCCCGGCCCCCGAAGCCGCCGUCCCGGAGGCGGUGAUGCUGCUGCUGUGCCUGGGGGUUCCGACAGGCCGCCCCUACAACGUGGACACGGAGAGCGCGCUGCUCUUCCAGGGCCCCCGCCACACCCUGUUCGGCUACUCUGUAGUGCUGCACAGCCACGGGGCGAACCGAUGGCUCGUAGUGGGGGCCCCCACCGCCAACUGGCUCGCCAAUCUUUCUGUGAUCAAUCCCGGGGCGAUUUACAGUUGCAGGAUCGGAAAGAAUCCAAAGCGGAUAUGCCAACAACUCCAGCUGGGUAGCCCUGGUGGAGAACCUUGUGGAAAGACUUGUUUGGAAGACAGAGACAAUCAGUGGUUGGGGGUCACGCUUUCUAGACAGCCAGGAGAAAAUGGAUCCAUCCUGACUUGUGGGCAUAUAUGGAAAAAUAUAUUUUAUAUAAAGAAUGAAAAUAAACUCCCCAUGGGUGUUUGUUAUGGAAUACCCCCUGAUUUACGAACAGAACUGAGUAAAAGAAUAGCUCCAUGUUAUCAAGAUUAUGUGAAGAAAUUUGGAGAAAAUUUUGCAUCAUGUCAAGCUGGAAUAUCUAGUUUUUACACAAAGGAUUUAAUUGUGAUGGGAGCCCCAGGAUCAGAUUAUUGGAAAGGGUCUCUUUUUGUCUACAAUAUAACUAGAAAUAAAUACAAGGCUUUUUUAGACGACGACAAUCGAGUGGAAUUUGGAAGUUACUUAGGAUACUCAGUUGGAGCUGGUCAUUUCUGGAGUAGGCAUACUACCGAAGUAGUUGGAGGAGCCCCUCAACAUGAACAGAUUGGUAAAGCAUACAUAUUCAGCAUUGAUGCAAAACAACUAAAUAUUUUAUAUGAAAUGAAAGGUAAAAAGCUUGGCUCUUACUUUGGAGCUUCUGUCUGUGCUGUGGACCUCAACGCAGAUGGCUUCUCAGACCUACUCGUGGGAGCUCCGAUGCAGAGCAUCAUCAGGGAGGAAGGGAGAGUGUUUGUGUACAUCAACUCUGGCUCGGGGGCGGUAAUGAAUAAAAUGGAAAUAGAGCUCAUUGGAAGUGACAAAUAUGCUGCAAGAUUUGGGGAAUCUAUAGUUAAUCUUGGAGACAUUGAUAAUGAUGGCUUUGAAGAUGUUGCUAUUGGAGCUCCACAAGAAGAUGACUUGCAAGGCGCUAUUUAUAUUUACAAUGGCCGAGCAGAAGGGAUCUCAUCAGCCUUCUCACAGAGAAUUGAAGGACUUCAAAUCAGCAAGUCAUUAAGUAUGUUUGGACAGUCUAUAUCUGGGCAAAUUGAUGCAGAUAAUAAUGGAUAUGUAGAUAUAGCCGUCGGUGCUUUUGGAUCUAAUUCUGCUGUGUUGCUAAGGACAAGACCUGUUGUGAUUGUUGAAGCUUCCUUAAACCACCCUGAGUCAGUAAAUAGAACAAAUUUUGACUGUAUUGAAAAUGGGAUGCCUGCUGUGUGCAUGGAUCUCACACUCUGUUUCUCAUACAAGGGCAAAGAGGUUCCAGGUUAUAUCGUUUUGUUUUAUAACAUGAGUCUGGAUGUGAACAGAAAGGCAGAGUCUCCAUCAAGAUUUUAUUUUUCUUCUAAUGGAACUUCUGAUGUGAUUACAGGAAACAUGAAAGUAUCAAGCAAAGUAGCUAACUGUAGAACAUAUCAAGCAUUUAUGCGGAAAGAUGUGCGAGACAUCCUCACACCCAUUCAGAUUGAAGCCGCUUACUAUCUUGGGAAUCAUGUCAUCAGUAAACGAAGUACGGAGGAAUUCCCACCACUUCAGCCAAUUCUUCAACAGAAGAAAGAAAAAGACGUAAUUGAAAAAACAAUACAUUUUGCAAGGUUUUGUACCCGUGAAAAUUGUUCUGCUGAUUUACAAGUUUCUGCAAAAAUUGGAUUUUCGAAGCCAUAUGAAAAUAAAACCUAUCUUGCUGUUGGAAGUAUGAAGAUGUUAAUGUUGAACGUAUCCUUGUUUAAUGCUGGAGAUGAUGCUUAUGAAACAACUUUGCAUAUCAGACUACCCACUGGGAUUUACUUCAUUAAGAUUUUAGAUCUGGAAGAGAAGCAAAUAAACUGUGAAGUAACAGACAGCUCUGGCAUUGUAAAACUUGACUGCAAUGUUGGUUAUAUAUAUGUAGAUCAUCUCUCAAGGAUAGAUAUUAGCUUUCUCCUGGAUGCAAGCUCACUCAGCAGAGCAGACGAGGAUCUCAACGUCACAGUGCAUGCCGCCUGUGAUAAUGAAGGGGAAAUGGACGAUCUGAAGCAGAACAAAGUGACUGUAGCAAUACCUCUGAAGUAUGAAGUCAUGCUCACUCUUCAUGGGUUUGUAAACCCAACUUCAUUUGUAUAUGGAUCAGAGGAGGAAAAUGAGCCUGAAACAUGCAUGGCAGAGACAAUGAACUUCACUUUCCAUGUUAUCAACACUGGCCAUAGCGUGGCUCCAAAUGUUAGUGUGGAAAUAAUGGUACCAAAUUCUUUUAUCCCCCAAACUGAUAAGUUGUUCAACGUUCUGGAUGUCCAGACUACUACUGGAGAAUGCCAUUUUAAAAAUUAUCAGAGACAGUGCUCCUCAGAGAAGGAAAAAGGUGUAAUGGAGACCCUGAAAGAUAUACUCAACUUCUUGUCAAAGACUGAUAAGAGGCUGUUGUACUGCAUAAAAGCUGAUCCACACUGUUUAAGUUUCUUGUGCAAUUUGGGGACAAUGGAAAGUGGAAAAGAAGCGAGUGUUCACAUUCAGUUGGAAGGCAGGCCAUCCAUUGUAGAAAUGGAUGAGACCUCAGCACUCAAGUUUGAAAUAAGAGCGACAGCUUUUCCAGAGCCAAAUCCCAAAGUUAUUGAACUUAACAAGGAUGAGAAUAUUGCACAUAUUCUGCUUGAAGGACUACAUCAUCAAAGACCGAAACGUCACUUCACAAUAGCAAUUAUUUCAAGUAGCUUGUUACUUGGACUUAUUUUACUUUUAUUGAUUUCAUAUGUUAUGUGGAAGGCUGGCUUCUUUAAAAGACAGUACAAAUCCAUCCUACAAGAAGAAAACAGAAGAGACAGUUGGAGUUACGUUAACAGUAAAAGCAAUGAUGAUGAUGAUGAUGAUUAAAGAGUUCUUUCAAAAUGAGAGAACUAAUAACAGACUCAGGUAUAAUAAAGAAAUUCGUGUUUCCAAGAAACGAUGAUGUAUUUUACUCAGAAUCUUGUGACAUAUGUCUUAAUGCAAAUGAAAAAUCCAAGCAAUGAUUACCUCUUUGAGAGAAAACAACUGCAAAGGUAACAUUUAAUACAUCCAAAGAUAUUCUUUCAGUUCUUAAAUGGAUAGAAAAACACUAAAGCAUUCAGUUUAUUCAAGAUAAGUAAUCCCUCGAUAUCCUGCAAGUGCAUCUGAAUUGAAUCAUAUUGAGGAAGUAAACAACUCAAUUGGAGAAGUUUUGGACUUGAUGUAUUAUUCCUUUAAAGGAAAUAUUUGCCAUAUGUGCUUGCUUCAGUAAAAUAAAUUCCACUGAAUAUGUAAUAACUCAUUUCUAAUACAUCUUUGAGACUUGUUUGAAAUAUGUUCUUUAAAAGUAUUUAGCAGAAUUUCUCAAAGAGCUGUUUCCAAAUCUCCUAGUGAAUUAAAGAGGGCUAUUGUCACUUUAAAGCAUAUUUUACCUUUGUAAGACCUUUACUUGUAAUAUACUUCCUAUGGGCUUUUGAUCAACAACCAUUUAUUCAGUGGUCUAUGAAUAUUAUAGGACUGAAGAAAAAACUUCAGACUGAACUUAUACACUGGUUUGCGCUUCAUGGGCUGACUUCUGGGUAAUUAUUGUUUAUACAGGUAUGGAUUUCUUCUUUCUGUAUAUAUACAUAACUUUUUAAAGGAAUAGUUGUUUAUACAGUCCUCCUGUAACACAAUUUUAUCAAGGGUAUCCAGGAGUAAAUUUUAAAAAUCCAUCAUUAGUCAAAUUUUUCAUUUUUAAAAACAACAGUGCUUAAGAAGUUUAAUUUAUACCCUGAAACAGAUUGUGAAUAUUGCACUCUAGCUGAUAAUUGAAGUAUAAAUACUCUGAUAUAUGUAAAAUAUGAAAACUGUACCUCACGAUAGUUUUUAAAAAUCAAAGCUCUACAAAGACAAUGAUUAGGGGGCAAUAUUUCAUACAAAUUUGAAACAUUGUAAAAUACUUUCAAAUUAAGCAAUACACAAAUACUUGUUUGAAUGUUAUUCUUUUCUAUUCAAAUGUAAAUAUUAAAUAUGUUUCCUCAGGUCUGUAAGAACAUUCUCUUCUGCAUGGAAAUGCAAGAACAAAAUUUAACUGUAAAUUGAAAAAUACAGGUUUAGCUUGUAUCCAGUGAAUAUAAAUGUACCAUCAAAAUUUCUAUAUGUUUUAGUGAUAAGUGAAAUAGUUUAUGUUUUUGAUGAUGUUAUUUUAGAAGUUUUGUAUAAUGAAGUAAUUUCUGGAUUUAAAUAAUUUCUUUAAAUGCCUUUACAUUUACAAAUAUGAUCUUUCUGUAAUAUUUAUUCAUGCAUAUGAACUACAUGCUGAUUGUAGAAUAUAAUUUCAUCUGAACUGUGCUCAAUCUGUAUUUAUAUGUGUCAAAGAUUGCGGCCAAAUUUUGAAAAUCUGUUAUAGGAAGUGAUCAAAUAGAUAAAUUAGAGGGCAGUCUUUAACUAUUAUGGACAAUAUUUCUUCAUAUGAAGUCCCUGCCAACAGCCGUCUUCCUCAGACUGCCUAAUCCCUGUAAAUUAUCCAUUCACGAGCCUGCAGUCUGUGAUUUGUGGCUGGAAAGGAAGGAAUGCACAGAGAUUUGUGAAGACAUUUGAGCAGUGAAACCCAAUCACAAUGAGCAGGAAACCUCUGGAACUCCGUGUGUGCCAACAGAAAUUAUAUACUUUCAAGGACACAUUUUCUUCAGCAGAAGCUAUUUUUGUUUUUUCAUUAUAAAAAGCGAAGCAGUUCAGGAGAAUGUCUACACAAUCAUUGGCGCAAAAUCAAACCCAAAUUUAGAAUUGCUUUCUAAGGAUGAUCCCUGAGGAAAUUUAAAUUUGGUUCUUUCCUGUUCAGAAAUGACAGCGUUUCAAAUUUUACUGGAUGCAUUGAAAACAAUUGUGCUAUCUUGCCAGAUGACGUGGCUUUCAGGAGGAAGAGGCCCACCACAGCUCUCUACUGGACCAGAUUCCUCCCAGUUAGAUAUUUUGCAGAGUUUAAAAUAAAAUUUGUUAUAAACUUUAA